CUGCAUGUGGUUAUUUGAAAUAAAAAUCCUACCGCUGGAAAAGUAACACGUAAACACAUUUAUGCUGACGUUGAUGUGACAAAAAGUGCGGACAUUGAGUUUUGCCUAGAUAUGCAACUGACGAACAUGUGUUGAUGGGUUUCAUCCAAUAAUUUAAAUGUAUUUGGCAAUCUGAUAUUGUGAUAUCAACGAUUAAUUGCAUUUAACAGUGUUAUAAUUUAGUGAUCAAUAAUGCAUACAUUUUUUACGAGAGCAAAUGCUAUUUUGGCGUACACCGUCAGUGUAGCCGGGUUUCUAACGUUCUUCUGCUUUCUAUCCACUGUUUUCCUCGAUUACAGGACCAAUGCCACUUUGAAUACUGUAAAAGUCGUCGUGAAAAAUGUGCCAGAUUACAGUGCUUCGAGGGAAAAAAAUGAUCUUGGAUUUCUCACUUUUGAUCUGCAGACUGAUCUCACACCUUUGUUCAAUUGGAACGUGAAACAGCUGUUUCUUUAUCUCACUGCUGAGUAUGAAACUAAAGCUAAUCAUAUUAAUCAGGUGGUUCUGUGGGAUAAGAUAGUUCUUCGUGGAGACAAUGCUGUUCUUGAUUUCAAGAACAUGAACACCAAGUACUACUUCUGGGAUGAUGGAAAUGGUUUGAAGGGCAAUAAAAACGUUACACUGACACUCUCCUGGAAUAUCAUCCCCAAUGCAGGUCUACUCCCCAGUGUCAGUUCCUACGGUUCGCACACAUUCGCAUUCCCAUCGGAAUACACAACGUCGAGAGUUCGAUAAAAUUAAAUUUUCCUCCCAAAAUAAAUAAAUUUAAUCUCAUUAUCCUCAUCUCUUCUCAUGUUACCUGAGAGCUCAGAAGCUGAACAGCUCACAUUGGAGUCUAAAAUUUCAAACAUCAGUGUAUGAUAUCAAUAAAUGAAUUCACUUUUACUGAA